UAGAAUUUUUCCUGCAUUAAUCUUCGAACUCACUCUUGGGAGUCGCUCUCUCGUCUCCCUUUCUUUGCCUCUCUGCGCUGAUCACCAUGAACUUCUCUUCUCUCGUACUCGAUUCCAACCCCGUCACGGGCCCAGUGGCGUUAAUGGGGGUACACCACAGGCAUAUUCCCGCUCGCCGACCAAGCGUCGUCUACUGUUCUUCCCCGGUGGCCUCAGCGUCUCUACGCAUGGCCGAGUCGACCAAUGCCCAGGGGCCACAGAGCCGCAUCUGGUCGCUGAGUCAGGUAUCCGGCGUCUUGGGUUGCCAGUGGGGCGACGAAGGCAAAGGUAAACUCGUCGACAUCUUGGCCCAGCACUUCGACAUCGUUGCUCGUUGUCAGGGUGGAGCUAAUGCAGGACAUACUAUCUACAAUGCAAAGGGAACGAAGUUUUCCCUUCACCUGGUCCCCUCAGGUAUCCUUAAUGAGGAGACUCUUUGUGUUAUUGGGAAUGGAGUUGUGGUGCAUCUACCAGGACUGUUUAAAGAAAUUGAUGGCCUGGAAUCGAAUGGGGUUCCCUGUGAGGGAAGGAUAAUGGUUUCUGAUCGUGCUCACCUGUUAUUCGACUUCCAUCAAGUGGUGGAUGGGCUUAGAGAGUCUGAGCUUGCUAAAUCUUUUAUUGGCACAACUAAGAGAGGCAAUGGACCAUGUUACUCAAACAAGGUUAUUCGGAAUGGCAUUAGAGUAAGUGACCUGAGGCACAUGGACACGUUUCCUGAAAAGCUUGAUCUGUUAUUGUCAGAUGCAGCUGCAAGAUUCCAAGGUUUUAACUAUGGCCCGGAAACUCUUAGGGAAGAGGUUGAAAGAUACAAGAGAUUUGCUGAGAGAUUGGAGCCCUUCAUUGCUGAUACUGUGCAUGUUAUGAAUGAAGCAAUCUCAGAGAAGAAGAAGAUUUUAGUUGAAGGUGGUCAGGCAACCAUGCUAGAUAUUGACUUUGGAACUUAUCCUUUUGUGACUUCUUCCAGCCCAUCAGCUGGUGGGAUUUGCACUGGUCUUGGCAUUGCUCCAAGAGCAGUAGGUGAUCUAAUUGGAGUGGUAAAAGCCUACACUACAAGAGUUGGUUCUGGCCCUUUCCCUACUGAAAUCUUGGGUCAAGGUGGUGACCUCCUCAGGUUUGCCGGUCAGGAGUUUGGCACUACUACAGGUCGGCCACGACGUUGUGGUUGGCUUGAUUUAGUAGCUCUGAAAUACUGUUGCCAGAUCAAUGGCUUCUCAUCUUUAAAUCUCACCAAACUUGAUGUUUUGUCGGAUCUUCCUGAAAUUCAGUUGGGGAUUGCAUAUAAACACAUUGAUGGCACACCGAUUAAAUCAUUCCCUGGAGAUCUUCAUCUUCUUGAGCAAUUGAAGGUGGAAUAUGAAGUAUUGCCUGGAUGGAAGAGUGAUAUUUCUUCUAUCAGAAACUAUGCUGACCUCCCAUUGGCUGCACGUAAAUAUGUAGAGAGGAUAGAAGAACUUGUUGGUUUACCUAUCCAUUACAUUGGUGUUGGACCUGGACGCAAUGCCCUAAUAAUAAAAUAAUUUGACGACUAUUCCCUCUUGGAUGCUCGAGGGGAUUCCCGUUGCUCUUAAGAGGUGAGGAAGAUGCUAGACAACAAAUUUACGUUUUUGUACUGGAGACACGGGGAUGCAACGCAGGCAAUGUGCGUUUGAAGGGACGAAUAUGUAUUCAUUGUCAGUGGAAGGUCAUUUUUUUAUUUUUUAUUUUAUGUCGGCAAACUCUCAAAGGCAGGGCCUUUCGGACCCACCUCUGUAGAGUAAACCUUGGUUCUAUGCAUCGCACCAGUUUCCCUAUACGGAACUGGUUACACUUGCAUUUCAGGGGCUGUGCCCAAAAGAUUAUUUGCACCAAUUAGAGGUUGAAUCUUGAAUUUUGAA